UAGAGCUGCUUUUUAUGCUAGUUAUGCAGAUACCGUAUUUCAUUACUAUGUAUCAUUGAAAAAUCUAACCAAAUUAGAAGAUGCCCUCAGGAGCUUGUACUUGAAAAAUUACAGACGGUACACUGGAGCAAAAUCCCAUUAAAGGAGCAGCAGCAAAAAGAGAGUUUUCCGUUGACGUGGACCAGGAAGAAGCGUCCUUGUUCUCACUUGGUGGCAACGCUUACAGAGCAUCCAGCAGGUAUAUAUACUCAUUCUAAAGUAGCACACAUAUGAUAGCUACACCUGGAAACACAACGAAUAGGGUCUUUUUUUAUAUACAUCAUGUUUGCUUCCAACAUCUUGACAAUAUAGCAUGUAAACACCCACCAUCUUAUUCAAGGGCAAUUACAAGUUCACGCUAUAUGUAUUAUGAUAGUACAGUUACCGUUUUAGACGGAAAUGUUGAGUUGAGAGGGAUUAAGAUAGAAAGCAGCCUUGUUUCUGGUGUUGUACGAGGAUCAUCAACGGUUCUCGCCAAGGUACAUCCACGAAACAGUACAUACACUCUCGUUAACAUGUGUGCCGAUGGAUAUACGUAUACAGAUGUCAUGACAACAGAAGAGGACCACGACAAGUUUGCAGCCAAUUUGCACGUUUACCCAGAAACUGGAACACGGGCCCUAGACGAAGCGGAACCUAUGAUCAAACUUGAAGGUGAUACGUAUUAUGCUGAUUCUAGCCUGCUGGCUCAUUUUGAUUCAAACAGCACGGAUGUUUACAAGAUAGGCUAUAUGAUUUCGCCAAACAAUCAUUUAUCUGACAUUCUUGUUUACACUGGUGCAAAAUCAGACGCAAGUCGCGCCAUGAAAUCUCGAUUUUUGUAUGGAUACUAUCACGAAGAGCAGUGAUAAGUAGUAUUAGCAUGGGUGAUAUGUGCUGCUGCCCGUUACUGCUACUUUUUUUCAAUAAAAAUAUGUGC